UAUGUAUAAAAACUGUAAAUGUGAUUUCUAUUUACACAGCAUAAUAUAGUAGUAAGACAUGAAAAACUAGAACCACGUGCACUACUAAUUCUCUAGAUAAAGACUUUUUUCCCCCUCAUUUAUAGCUUCUUCUUCUGCAUUAGCCACAAAUGGAGAAUAAGAAGGAAAAUGGUGAAGAAGAAGAAGAAGGUUCCAUUGAAGGAGACGUACUCGAAUCGAUCCUCUCUUAUCUACCACUCCUCGACCUCGACUCCGCUUCCCAAGUCUCCAAAUCAUGGAACCGUGCCGUCUUCUUCUCCCUCCGCCGUUUUAAAACAUUGCCGUGGUUGCUCAUCUACACUCAGAAGACUUAUCCGCCGUACACCAUGUCGACGACGGCGAUGGCUUACGAUCCCAAGUCUGAUUCAUGGAUCGAGCUCAACUCCACGUCAUCAUCGUCAUCACCAUCAUCUCCCGUCGAACACGUGUCCGUCGCUCGUUCGUCUCACUCCACGUUGCUCUACGCUUUGUCUCCGGCGGGGUUUUCCUUCUCGACCGACGCGUUUCAUCUGACUUGGCGACACGUGGCACCGCCGAGAGUUUGGAGGAUUGAUCCGAUCGUGGCUGUAGUCGGACGGAGCCUGAUCGUAGCCGGCGGCGUUUGCGAUUUCGAGGAGGAUAGGUUCGCCGUGGAGCUCUUCCACGACGGCGCGUGGGAGAGAUGCGAGUCGAUGCCGGAUGCUCUCUACGCAUCCGCGUCGGCCACGUGGCUUUCCGUAGCGGCGAGUUCGGAGAAGAUGUACGUGACGGAGAAGAGUUCAGGCGUCGCGUUUAGCUUCGAUCCGGAAACCAGAUCGUGGACGAGGCUUCUCGAUCUCUGUCCCGGCGGGUGUGGAUUGUACUCUCGUUCGAUUGGAUUCUCCGGCGAGAGUCUAAUCAUGGCUGGGAUCACCGGAGACGAAGAUAAUCCGACGGGAAUCGAGCUUUGGGAAGUUAUAGUUUCCGACGAGUCGCCGAUGGAUUCGAGAUUCGAAUCGAUUGGAUCUAUGCCUGAGGCGUGUUUGGAUAAACUCAGAGGAGCUGAUUCUGACUGGCCGUUAACGUCGUUAGCGUUUAACGCGGUUGGAGAUAUGGUUUAUAUACACGAUGCGGCGGAGAACGGCGGAGAGAUUGUGGCGGCGGAGAUUGGAGAAGGAGGGAAGCUUUGUGAGUGGAGAACUCUGCCAAACGCAAACGCUAUUUGGAAUAAUAAAAGUCACGCGGCGGAGAGAGUUAUCGUUGCGUGUUCAAACGUUGGUUUUAGCGAUUUGAAAUUUGCGUUUAAGAAUAAUUUGAGUUUCUCGACAGCGUAGUAGGACUAGGAUGUCGAAUAAUCUCGUGUCAGUUUAAAAAGUCAAAAAGUUUCAUUGUUCAUUGUAUUAUUUUAUCUAUAAUCGAAUAAAUGUAAUGUGAAAUCGCGAAUUAGAAAAUGUGAUUUAUUAUAUCUUUAA